AUGUGUUUUGGCAGCAAGAAGAACAAUAUCUACGACGAGGAACCGCCGCGACCAGCUCCGGGCCACGCGCCACAGCAACCAGUUUACGCCCCGGAGCCGAAGCAGAGUACGCCUGCUCAGUACCACCAGCAACGGCACCAGCAACCGCAACAGCAACAGCAGGCUAUGUAUCCUCAGCAUCCACCGCCGACUGAGCUCCCCUCAGCAAGCAACGACUACGCCCCGCCGCCAGGACCACCGCCGUCGCACCCGCAGCCCAUGCCACCCUCGGGCGACGAUGGCUUUGCUCCUCCCCCGGGGCCGCCUCCGUCCUACGGGCGGCCAGGAGAUGACUUUGCUCCCCCCCGUGGGCCUCCGCCAUCCCACAGCAGCGCUGUCCAUCGCCAGAACGACAACUCCCUGAGCUACAUCGCGCCCCCUCCCGGUCCACCACCACCCCACGCGGCGCAGGCCGAGACCAAGAAGCCGAGCCCGCAACACGACUGGGCGACGGCAGUGCCGGAUACCGCGCUCUUGCCGCCGCCACCGAGCUUCUUCUCAGGAUGGGACCGCUCUCCGGCGACCAACGCCUCCGAGGACCAGGCCGAGGCCGGCGAGCGCUGGUGUGCCGCCAACCCGCUGCAGCCCAACGUGCCUCUGGGCGAGCCCGUCGAGGGUGCCCUGCACAUGCUGCAAACGCACAACCUGAACCUGAUCCAGCCCACCUGGUUCCGGGGUUCGCUCGUCCGCACUGCCCCGGGCGUCUGGGAGGGACACACCGAGCCCCAGGCUGGGGAUAUGUCAAUCAUCGCCUACCCCCCUUUGUACAAGGUGUCGCUUCAGUCCCCACUGCUUUCCACUUCUCCAUCCAACCCCCCUCCCUCCUCCCACCCCCAGUUUCUCCCUAGCAACCCCUUCUCCAGCCCACCCCCUUACCCCUACUCUUCCCAGUCCCAGGCCAAGCCCAGCCCAAAAACAAUCUACUACGAAGUCGAGGUCAUACAACCUUCCCCGCGGCGGGGCGAGGUCUGCCUGGCACUGGGGUACGCGGCGCUCCCCUACCCGCAGUUCCGCAUGCCGGGUUGGCACCGGGGCAGCCUGGCGGUGCACGGCGACGACGGGCACCGGUUCAUCAAUGACCGGUGGGGGGGCAAGACGUUUACCGAGCCCUUUGCCCCGGGCGAGCGGUACGGGAUUGGCAUGACCUUCACUGCCGUUGCAGGCAAUCAGAGGAUUGCGGUCGACGUCUUCUUCACGCGGCAAGGGCGCGAGAGCGGGCGGUGGAAUUUGCACGAGGAGACGGACGCGCAGCAGGAUCUACCUGUUGUCGGGCUUGAGGGGUAUCAUGACCUUGCUUGUGCCAUUGGAACUUUCGGGCAGGUCGGGUUUAGGGUGUUCUUUAGGCCCGAGGACUGGUUGUUUAAGCCGGCGGGAUGUUGA